AGUUCCGCGAACGCAAAUACCCCUUACAUUUCGAUGGCAAUGUGGACAGUGCUCUACAAAGAGCCAACUGUCAAAAGGGUCUUAAUCGCAGAGGCAAUAGACGUAUGUUAAAGAACAAAAUUUCAGAGCGAGAGAAAAACAAGAAACGUGAUGUACGCAAUUGGUUUAAUCAUGAGCCCGGCACCAGUGCGGAACAAUAUCAACAACAAAUACCCUUGGAUAUCGACCGUAGGGGUGACAUACCCAUAAUGAGUGGUGAUUGUGAAGACGCCCUCGCAAAAUCACUGAGCGAUUUAAUGGCUUUAGUAAAAUUACUACGUGAAGAUAUCGCCCACCAGCGUCAAGAGAUUUCCUAUUUGCGCAUGCUCCUUGAGAAUUGUGCCGGUUGCAAGGAGCCCAAAGGUGACAAUAAUAUACGCAUUGAACCGACAUGUCGUACCUCAAAUCCUUGCUAUCCUGGUGUCGAAUGCUAUGAUUCUGCUGCGGGACCAAGGUGUGGCCGCUGUCCUGUGGGCAUGAUAGGUGAUGGUAAAAUUUGCAAACCAGGCGUUACCUGCAGUGAUCGUCCCUGUUAUAUAGGCGUUCAAUGUCACGAUACUGUGAGUGGUGCUCAAUGUGAUUCCUGUCCUUUGGGCUAUGAGGGUGAUGGCCGCACUUGCACUAAACGUAAUCCUUGCUUAGAUGGUCCUUGUCCUUCAGGAGUUGAAUGUAUACAAAUUGGUGUACCACCCUAUUUUCAAUGCAUUUCCUGUACUCGCAGUCAACGUAUCAAUGGCACCAUGUGUGUAGACAUCGAUGAAUGUGAGCUUUAUCAACCAUGUGAUCCGAAGACUACAUGUGUUAAUCAAAAUCCAGGUUUCAGAUGUGAACCCUGUCCCUUGGGCUAUAGUGGCAUGCAUAUGCAUGGUUACUAUGCUGAAUAUUGGACUUUGAAUUAUCAAAAACAAACGUGUUACGAUGUGGAUGAGUGUACGAAUGGUAUGGCACGAUGUGGACCGAAUGCUGUGUGUGUUAAUACAAUGGGCUCCUAUCAGUGCAAAUGCCGUGAAGGCUUUGUUUCAAAUGGCACCUCGAAUUGCUUCCCCAUAGCCGACAUGUGUCCCGAUGGUACGAUCUGUAAUAGUAAUGCCAAUUGCGUACUAGCUGAUAAUUUGAAAUAUAGAUGCAAAUGUAAAGUUGGUUGGGCCGGCAAUGGUUUAAUAUGUGGACGCGAUCGUGAUUUAGAUAGUUGGCCCGAUCUACAAUUACCCUGUUCUGAGUUACACUGUAAAAGAGACAACUGCCCUGAUUUGCCCAAUUCGGGACAAGAAGAUGCCGAUAAUGAUGGUAUAGGAGAUGGUUGUGAUGAUGAUGCUGAUGGCGAUUUAAUAUCAAAUGAUAAGGAUAAUUGUCCAUUUGUUUAUAAUGUCGAUCAAAUGGAUUCGGAUCAUGAUGGUGUGGGUGAUGCCUGUGAUAAUUGUCCAUUUGUACCGAAUCGUAAGCAAUUGGACACAGAUGAUGAUUCUUUGGGCAAUGAUUGUGAUGAUGACAUGGACAAUGAUACGAUUAUAAAUGAGUAUGAUAAUUGUAUGUUGGUGCCCAAUCCAAACCAACUGGAUGUCGAUGGUGAUGGUAUAGGAGAUGUCUGUGAUAAUUGUCCCAGUAUUUCGAAUCCUUCACAAGAGGAUCGUGAUAAUGAUUUAUUGGGUGAUGCUUGUGAUAGUGAGAUUGAUGGUGAUAAUGAUGGUAUACAGGAUAGUGAGGAUAAUUGUCCUAUGGUUAGUAAUGCAGAUCAAUUGGAUACCGAUAAUGAUGGAAAGGGAGAUGCUUGUGAUGAUGAUAUGGAUGGUGAUGGUGUUCCCAAUUAUAGAGACAAUUGUCCUUUGGCCAAAAAUCCCAAUCAAUUGGAUUUGAACAAAAACGGCAAAGGUGAUUUGUGUGAAUACGAUGAAGAUGAUGAUGGUACGCCCAAUAUCAUAGACAAUUGUCCCAAUAACUCCAUGAUCUAUUCCACUGAUUUCCGUACCAUACGUUCUGUGAUAUUGGAUCCUGAGGGUGAAGCUCAACUAGAUCCCAAUUGGGAGGUUCACGCUAAUGGAUCGGAAAUUAUACAAACUUUGAAUAGUGAUCCCGGUCUUGUGGUGGGUCAUGAUGCUUUUGGUGGUGUUGAUUUUGAGGGAACUUUCUAUGUUAACGACGACACCGAUGAUGAUUACGUGGGUUUCAUAUUCAGUUAUCAAAGUAAUCGUAAAUUUUAUAUUGUAAUGUGGAAAAAGAAUACACAAACCUAUUGGCAUUCUACACCCUUCCGGGCUUCCGGAGAACCAGGUAUACAAAUUAAAUUGGUGGAUAGUAUUACUGGGCCAGGUUCCAUGUUGCGUAAUAGUUUGUGGCAUACUGGCGAUACUAAGGAUCAAGUUAGAUUGUUAUGGAAGGAUCCUAUGAAUAUUGGUUGGAAGGAGAAAACAUCUUACAGAUGGUCUCUUUUACAUCGUCCCGCUAUUGGUCUUAUACGUCUUAGAAUGUUUGAGGGUGAUAAGCUAAUCUUGGAUUCUCAUAAUGUCUAUGACUCUACUUUGAAGGGUGGGCGCUUGGGCGCCUUCUGCUUUUCGCAACAAAUGAUCAUUUGGUCAGAUUUGAUUUAUAAAUGUAACACCCGCGUUCCUGCCUUGGUGUAUAAUGAUUUACCUGGUCAUCUGAAACAAAAAGUAGAAAUUGAUAGAUAAUUUAGUUUUUUUUCACACAUUUUCAAAAUGUUGUUGAAAAAUUAUUUACAUGAAAAAAAUGUUGGUGCUACGAGUUCUUUUCUUUUUUAUUACUCUUGCCCUCAAUUGUCUCUAAAUGUCUUUUUAUAGUUUGACGUUACGUUAAAGUAUAACGAGAUAUUGAGCUAUUGGGUCUUUAUUAACUUCAAAACAAUUAUACGUAAUUAUAAGUUUAACUGAAAUUGCCAUAAUUUGUAUUAGUUCUACGAUAUAAAAUCUAUGUAUUUAAUAAAUCAAAUGAGAUAAAAUAGUUAAAAUGUAA